GUGGGAAUAUUAGUUUGAAGGGUACUGAUUGCCAGUUUCAGAUAUGUAUUAAGGAAGUAUGGCAAGAGAAUGGUCCAAACACAUAGUAGGAGUGACAAGUCGUGUAACCGGAGCUAAUAGUGGGUUUCACAACCAUGAAAAUGUGUUGUAUCCAGAACAUCACUGACACAACAAACAGUUUAGUGAGGCUGAAAAAGAGAGGUUAAGAUUAAUGAGGAAGGCGGGGGUGAGACCAAAUCAGUGGAAGACGACACUCAAUACUGAAGGGGGUGUGCAUCAUGAUAUCAAACAUAUGUACAACAGAAAUUACAAGAUUCGAUGAGAUGGGUGAAAUGGAUGUGAUACCGUUUGCGCUUCACGGAGCUGAACAACGUGGGUACCAUAUCUGUUUACAAAAGGACGCUAAUAAUGUGCUCACUAAUUUGUUUUUUGCGCAACCGACGUCCAUUCAGAUGUUGCAUGCAUGGUCGUACGUCAUCCUCAUAGACUCGACCUACAAGACGAACAGGUACAGCUGGCCAUGGGUUGAGAUUAUUUGGGUUACUCCGGUCAAGAAGAAUUUUAACAUUGCAUGUGCAAUUAUUAAGCAGGAAACAUAUGAGUGGCUGCUGCGAUGUAUUAAAGGGUUGCUCGUUGAUACGGUUCCGAAUGACAUCGUGACAGACAAAGAAGGUGGUCUGCUUGCUUCUGUUCCUGUGGUCUUCCCUCUCCCACAUACUGUCCACCUACUAUGUUUAUGGCACGUCAACAACUGUGUGAAGAAAAAGUUUGAGCAAUUACUAGGUAGAAUAGCAAAAAGAGAGGUAGCACAAGCGGUAUGGAAGAAAUAUUUCGAAAAGCUGCAUGGAGUUGGACUUAGGAGGGUUUUCUUCAAAAGAAUAAUGAGUUUGAGAGGGUCUGGACAGAGAAUAACAUAAAAAUGGUCGACUACAUGCGAGGUGAGUGGUUGCCUCAUCAGACAAUGUGGGCAAAGUGCUACACAAACCAUGUGUUUCAUCUUGGUAACACGAGCUCGAAUAGAGUUGAGUCAUCUCACUCUACAUUCAAGACUUUCCUUGUGUCUGGUAGAAGAGCGAUUGACACUUGUUUUGCGAAGAACCACAACUACAUGGAACAUCAGUUUCUAGAAGUGGUAAAUGAACUGCACAAGUCACAGAACCGCAAUCUGAGUAGGGAAAUUGAUGCUCCGUGCAAGUUUUUGAGGAGGGUCGUUAGUUGUGAGGCAAUCAAACUGAUGUUAGAUGGGGCGGCGGAGUUGAAGGACAGUUGUGCGUGUCAUUUUCAGAUGACACAUGGGCUCAAGUGUGCUUGCCAGGUUGUUCAAGCUAAGGAAGAAAGACGUCAAUUCUAUGCUCAAGAGUUGCAUGUAUUCUGGCGGACUUUGGAUUAUAAAAACCCCCCAGGUCAACAACAAGUCAGUGAUGAAAUUGAGCUUCAACAACAACACUUUAGGCGUCUUACUGUUGAGGUGGAAGAAAGAGGUCUUGACGCAGUGAGACAAGCAAGAGAUGCCCUAUUCUAUUGGCUUCACCCAGCAGAGGACAAUGUGAAAGAACCAGAAGUGACUAAGAAUCCGAGAGGGCGGCCUCGAACAAGCACCAGUCGCAUUCGUUCAUAUUAUGAGCGGCCUCGCUCGAGGAGUAUUGGGCCUGGUUUAAGUGGAGGCAGGGGGAGGAAACGUAAAUAAAACAAUUAAACCAAUUAUGGUUUAGUUAGGAAGAAAAUAUAGCACCAAAACGCAGUCGUUGGGAACUUGGAACACACAAGGUUGCGAACUAUUGCAGCUUGCGAGCCACUAAUCAGCAACAUAGGUCUUGCUUGCAUGGCUAUUUCACAUAACCUUGUAUUUUUCCACCCAAGCAACAUUGCAUGAGAUGAAACCGAUGUUGCGUUGGCCGCCAGUGGUGUAUGGCGAGCUGUGUAAUUUGCCAUCUUAGUUGUUUCUAGGUUUAGCCCUGGUGGUUUCGAAAUUAUUUUAGGUGGUAUAAGUUGUGUCGACAACUUAGUUCAUAAGAACUGGAUCUUAUAAACUAAGUUGUGGGGGGCAUUGUUUACCCCUAAAAUAUUUUUGGCCUAAAUUCAAUGCCGUAAUAAUGAGUCUCGGCAUUUAAUAUCGCAUGGCCAAAACGAUGUCGUUUGGAGUCGAGCAAUACCGCGGAGAAUUUAAGCGAGACCGCGAUGAGGCUCGGCGGUACCGCGGUACUUGAAACGACAUUGGUUGCAGACCAUGUGUGAGUCAUGCGCAGGACAUGUGUUGUUGUUGGACAAAUGAAUGUUUUUAUUUUAUUUUUCCUUGUCGGAGUCAAGCAAUGCUGCGAAGAGAUAAAACGGUGCCACGGGCCUCAAAGCUCAACGGCAUCGCGAGACUGGGAAACGGUGUCGUUUGGCUAAAAACGGCAUCGCGACAAGCGGCAUCGCGGAUGAGUUAAAACGGUACCGCAAGGAAGCUUAGUGGUACCGCGGCAUUGGAAACGACACCGCGGGUAAGCCCAGCAGUACCGCUGUAUUAGCAAACGACAGUGUUUAAAUAUUUGAACAAAGUCGCGGAAAGAAAAACAAACGGAGCUGUUUGGAGAGGAAACGACAUCGCGGAGCUUGAAAACGAUAUCGCGCGAGGAACCACCAAUACCGCGGUGGUGGAUAAAGCCGCGAGCUAAACAACAUUGCGGUGGAGAGAGAUGUCGCGGUCGCGAAUCUAGCGGCGUUGCUAGUGCGGCAGUGCCGCGAAGUUCAAUGAUGCCGCAAGGCCAAAGCAACAUCGUGGAGUUCAACGAAGGCCAUCGACUUUGUGUGGUCAACGACGCCGAGAGAUCAACAAUCUAGCGGUGAGUACGCGGUGACGAGGGUGAAACAACAAUGUUGUUUUAAUCGAUGGCGGUAUCGGGAUUCGAACCAUGGUACAAAGUUGAUGUGUGUGCACGUGAAUUUUACGCAAAGCAGAAAGAGGAGAUCAAGGCAGUUGAGACUAGGGCUGCAAAUAUAGCCAAGCCGCUCGCGAGCAACUCGGCGUUCGAAUCGGAAAAAACUCGUUCGACACUCGACUCGUUAUUUAACAAGCCGACUCGCGAGCCAACUCGUUAGUUAACGAGCCAAGCCUGAGCUAGACCAUGCUCAGCUUGAUAAGCUCGCGAGCUAGCUUGAUUCGGUGGCUUGUCGAGCUAAGCUCGCAAGCUGCCUUGUUUUGAGCUUGUGGAAGGAUGAAUUACUCUUUUAAACAUGAACAUUGUCUUAUAAUACAGAUGUGUAUGAAAU